GCAAAGUUAUCUCUAUCUCUCCCCAUCCAUACAUAACUCCCUUCAUUCUCUAACAACAAAACCUUCAUCCACACUAACCAAAAUGCCUCGUCAACGCCGCGGAGCUCCUACCCCUGCGCGCAGCGCUCCUACCAGACCUACCGCCGCUCCCGCCAGGCCAGCCGCUGCUCCUUCAGCCCAGCAGAGCCAGCCUCACUCGACCGCUGCUCACCCCCAGUCGGCUCCCCAGCAGGCCUAUCCUCAUCCCCCUCCCCAGGCCGCUCCUGUCCAGCAGAGCGCCGGACCCGGCCUGUUCGGCCAGAUGGCCUCUACCGCCGCUGGUGUCGCAGUCGGUUCUUCGAUCGGCCACGCCAUCGGCGGCCUCUUCAGCGGUGGCUCCAGCGCCCCUGCCGAAACCCAACAGGCGGCUCCUGCACAGGCGCAGCCCAUGGACACCGGAUUGUGGCAGAGCAACACCACCAACAGCUCUUACGGCAACCCGGCCUGCGAGACAGACAUUCGCAACUUCCGUCAGUGUAUGGAUGAGAACCAGGGUAACAUGGGCAUUUGCGGGUGGUACCUAGACCAGCUUAAAGCUUGCCAGGCUGCUGCUAAGCCGUACUAAAUUUAAUGUUUUAUGUUUCGCGCCGGGGGUAUACUUGGUGCAGGGUUCUGGGUUUGAAGCCGGUUGAGUGUGGAUUUGAUCGGGACGGUGCUAUGUUUGGAUUGGACUGUGUUUGCAUAGCGGCGUAAUAUUCCUCUACUGUAUACUAAUUCAGUCGGGGUUGAACUGAUGAACUUUUUUAUUUUGUUUUGCUAUAUUUCUUAUUCACGGGAUUUGCUCCUGAGAUAGAGACAGAUGAAUACCUAAAGACAACAACUAUUCCACUCUUCAUGAUACUGGUUGAUGAGCAGGUAUACACUGGGUAGUGAAAAGAGCAAGGCUAGGGUCCAGCUUCUAGAUCAGGCUCCUCAAGGAUUU